AACAGCCAUGGACAACUUGGUCUUGGUCAUAAAGAGGAUGUGCUGGUACCUCAGUCACUGAAAGAUACUUCCUGCAAAUGUCAAGACAUUAAAAGCAUUACUGGAGGAGGGGGACAUUCUGCGGUUAUCACUGGUGUGGGAGAACUCUUUGUAUGUGGCCGUAACAAAGACGGGCAGUUGGGAUUGAAUCAUACAGAGGAUGUACUGCAUUUUACUUUGUGCGCUGCCCUGUCCGGCUUUUGUGUAAAACAAGUUGCUUGUGGCUGGGAUUUUACAAUCAUAUUAGUAGGAUCUGGCCUAGUUCUGUCCUGUGGGUCUAACUCUUUUGGACAAUUAGGAGUUCCUCAAAUAUCAAGUCCGUGCUUGAUUCCACAGAAGAUUGAGUCUCUCAAAGAGAAGGUGAUGGAUGUUGCUGCAGGACUGAGACAUGCCCUUGCUGCUACAGAGAGCGGUUUGGUGUUUCAGUGGGGAACUGGCAUGGCGUCUCGGGCAAAGCGUGCAAACCAAGGAAAAACCCUCCCCCUGUUCUUGACAGCAAAGGAGCCCUGUGAAGUAACAGGCCUGGAAGAUGUAAAGGUGAAGAGGGUUGCUGCAAGCUCCUAUCAUUCCGUGUCACUCACAGAUGAAGGACACCUGUAUGUCUGGGGUAGCAACAAACACGGGCAGCUAGUGAGCAAAGAGAUCUUUCUUGUUGUGCCCAAGAAGAUUGAGACUCAGUUUUUCUCACAUGACAAGAUUGGAGCAGUUUGGAGUGGCUGGACCCACUUGGUGGCACAAACAGAAACUGGCAAGGUAUUCACCUGGGGCAGAGCGGACUAUGGGCAACUUGGAAGGCACGCAGUGGUUCCCGAUGGGCAGGAGGCGUGCAUAGCAUCUGAACAAUGCUUGGAGCUGUUGUGUAACAUCCCUAUUUCAGUGCCUUGCCUAAAUGGAGCAUCUCAGAUCGCAUGUGGCUCAGAGCAUAAUCUGGCAGUAGUUGGUGGCCAGUGCUUCUCUUGGGGAUGGAACGAACAUGGGAUGUGUGGUGAUGGCACAGAAGCAAAUGUUCAUGUCCCAAAGCCAAUCAAAGCCCUUGGUUACGCAAAACAGAUCUUAAUUGGAUGUGGGGCAGGACACUCCAUGGCUCUUUGUCAAACUCCACGUUAGACUCAGCACACCUGAAAUCAUAGCAUCAUGGAUGUGGACGGACAUCUUUGGAUUGCGUAGCUCAGAAGUGCUACAAGAGGAUUGCCCAUGAUUAACACAAUAGUUGGAAAGUGCAGAAGUAGUUUUUUCUAAGACUAAAAGGAACAAGUAUGCACAGAAAACUAUAAUAUUUUAAAAGUUGUUUCAUGGGUCCUUUUCACAGGAAUUUACUUUCUUACCCACAGAUAGAGUGACAAACAUUUUGCUUUGAUGCAAUACCAUUGAACAAAGAAUGACUUUUUCUUGUUCUUCUGAGAAGUCUUUGAGGAAGAAACAGGCUGCUUAAUUGCUUAUCAUUGGUGUGUGAUAUAAGGAAAUGGUCUGAGAACGUAGUGACAUAGGGCCCCUUCUGGUCUUUUAUUAUUGUAUCUUUAUGUCAUGAUGAGCAUGCAUUGCGCCUGCCAACUUCUACUGGAGUUGUGAGCUCCCAGCAUCUCAGAAAAUCCAGUUUGCAUCAUAGAGAAAUGCCAGUGAACAUAAAUAGAUGCAUACACACAUUUUAAACAGAAGAUUAGGAUUUAAAAAAAAAAGGAAGUAUAAUUUAGAAGGCUGGCAAAAGGGGAAAAUGAGGCCCUUCUGAACUAGCUAUACCUUGAUUAAACUGUGAAAGGAGCAAUAUUUCUGAGGAAUUAUCUUCUGUGCCAGACGUCAGUUUAUUAUAGGUUUACAGGGAUGCAGAUCUGCAUGAAUUAUCAUUAACUUGCAAACCAAACUUGAAGUUUCUGAAGCUACUGCUUAGGGAAGAAAAAAUUCUAAGAGCUCUUGGAAACAAUAGAAAAGUUCUUGUCAAAGGGCAUAAGUCAGUUGUAGCUGUUGAGGACCAUUUGAUCUGACAUAGCUCCUGUGUUUCCAGCUGCCUUUGAAUAGGAAGACAUCAAAAUCUAAACGGAAAGUUUUUACAAGUUCUCCAGCCUAAAAGGCAAACCAGAAUGCUCCUAAUAAUUUCAGGUUAGUUCUCACAUCUGUUUCGCAGCCCAGCUGAGUUAUUGUUCAGAGCAUGCCCACAGUCCUUGUUCCAGGUGAGUGCUUGGCAGACAACGUAGGCCUAACACUUGUUUUGGUAGGAGAAAUGAAAAAGUGUAAAUUAUCUUCGGAUAUUAUUAGCUGCCUAUGUUGAGCAGAAUUUUGGAAGCUAUUUAUAAAACUGUUCUUCACACAAAUACAGUGGAUGCCUUUAAACUGGAUGUUUACCACCCACGAUAGUUACAUUUGCUGUGGUAUUUGAUGUAUUUCAAGUUCUAAAUAUAGAGCAUACUACUGUGUGGUAAAUGCACCUUUUAAUGAGACCUACUGUUGCUAAACAGUGGUUUAAUUUUUAAAGCAGGCUUGCCAGGGAAGAAGCCUUACAGAAUUACAAAAUACUCAAGAGAAGGGCUCUUAGGAAAUAGGACAGGAAGACUUUCUAAUGAUGUAUCAGCUUACACAUGAGGGGGGAAGGAAUUAAGGUGGUAAUACAGGCUGCGAGGGUUUUCUUCCCCCCUUGGUUUUACAGCAGUUAUAGUUCAUGGCCUAAUUUUCAAAGGCAUUUUCUUUUUCUAUUCAAUGGAUGAGAAACUUGAACUGACUAUGAAGCUGUUUCUAACUGUAUUACAGAUACUGAACGAAUCUGUAAGAAUAAUCAAAUGGGUCCUCUGCAAAAAGUGCAGAAUUGAGACUUCUACUGUAAAGUGUUUUUCUUAAUCCAUGGUUGUGGUUCUUCAUGGCAAUAUACUGUUCCGGGCUGUGACCUCUUGUACUUUUUACUUAUCUAAGUUGCUAUUUAUUGACUCAGUGCCAUUUUCUAGCCUCUCUUAUUAUAUGCACUGAACAGUUUCUCAUGCUUUUUUUGGCAGUUCUGUCUGAGGUUUCUACCUUUGUUGUCCCCCAAAAUCUGUGUACCGAAUAAACAUACUAUCUUGUUCCAGUAAUCAUACCCUCUAAAUAAUUCUGUUCCUUGAUUAAUCACAGCUAGUAUGUGUGCCCUAUAACAUAGGGGUCACUGUACUGAGCAUAUUUUGACUGUGUAUGCUGUUGCUGCGGUUCAUUUCAGAGGAGUGCCACAAAUUAUGUAACAAAUAAACGUGACUUGGUUAUUUG